CAACAACACAACAAGCAACUAGUUUGAACAGUGUUUAUUGCAUGACAAACCAGGAAAAAAAUAGGCCACACAAGUGGCAAAUGAAAGUGUAAGUCUAAAACCUACCACGAGGGAACCGUCCACUUAAAAAGACACAUUCUCAGGACUACUUUUGGCGGCUGAAGAAGCUAUUUCUGCAGGUUUGAAAGGUUGCAGCGUGUGCAGCGCGGCUCAGAGGAAGCUCAGACCGAGCCGCGCGCUUGCACAUACGAGCAAUUUGACCGAUUUACACAUCGCGUGCGAACUAACCGCUUCUCGUGACAGCGGGACAGAUGCUUCUCAGGCAAAUGCUGCCUUCACUGCAGGAAGUGUAGCGAAGCAGCACGGCGCAUGCCCUGGUGCCUCUCUGACAAGCAAGAGGAUGAACCGUCCCCUGCUGUAAAACGCUCUGUGAGGAGGGGUGAUGGCGGGUGCUGAGGUCAUCGUGUCUUCAGGGGAUCUCAUGACGGUGAAGGAGGAGGAAGGGGCGUCCAGUGGCAACAACCAUAAGACUCAAGUCAUCCUGCACCUGCAGCCCAUUCUGCACGGGAUAAAUGACGACAUUGCGGACACUGGCACGACAGUCCUGGCCAUAGAGACACAACCUGAAGACAGUAAAGCAGAAGGAGAGGAGGUUGAGUAUGGCUACCCCAUCACCUGUGGAGACAGCAGAGCCGUUCUACUCUUUAAGAAGUUUGUGUGUCCUGGAAUUAAUGUCAGAUGUGUCAAAUUCAAUGAGCAGCUCAUCAGUCCCAAACAGUUUGUCCAUCUGGCAGGGAAAGCCACUCUGAAGGACUGGAAGAGGGCCAUCAGACUGGGAGGGGUCAUGCUCAGGAAGAUGAUGGACUCCGGCCAGAUAGAUUUCUACCAGCAUGACAGCGUGUGCAGCAACACCUGCCGCAGCACUAAAUUUGAUGUGCUGAUCAACAGCACGCGGCUUCCUCCGGGGACCUCGGUGCAGCCGAGCCCAUCAUGUCUGGCUCUUGACCUUGCUGGAGGACAGGUGCCUCCCCUGACAGGAGAGACUGCACAUGAUGCAGCAGAGGAAGGAGAACCUUUGGAGGAGAAGUUCAGCACAACAACAGAGUGGAGCCCAGGUCCAGGUCCGGCCCGGGAUGGAAACCCUACAACAGCCAACGGACAUUCUGCAAAGAGAAAGAGGGCCGACACACCUGAUGGAGUACUGAGUCUGUGGAGGGGUGUGGCAGACUCUGGGCUGAUGGGGGAGGUCCUGUCCAGUCUCCAGACUGAAUUAUUAGCCACUCUUAAAGGAGUGGAGGCUCGCAGUGAGAAGGCCAACCUGCAGGAGACAGAUGCCGUCAUCCUUAAUUCCCUGUGCAAGAUGUUUGGCCUUUUAGACUCAGUGAAGCAAGCUCUGGACCUGAAACGCAGCCAGGAGGAAGAAAUCCAUAACAAAGUUUAUGCGCUGGAUGAGAUUCUGGAGGAGCGGAGGAAACAAAGUUGUGAUAAAAACAUCUCCUACAAACUUCAGUCUUCAAAACACCUCCAACCUCAACGUCAAAACCCUUCGAACAGCCACAACCUGCUGUCUCCCGUCAGAACCAGCCGAGUGAUCCAGCCUCUCUUAUCUGCUCUACCUUACGCUCAGCUCGCCAUUAACCCUCAGCUCUUCACCCUGUUCCCCGCCUCCACCGGCCAGCGCCACCAGGCUGGAGAUGAGCUUGCUGAGACUGGGAACCAGGAGAAGCUCUGCAGGCUGGGACAGGAGGUGGAGGUGGAGGAGGGACAGGACUCCUCAGGGGUCCAGAGAGAGCCGGGACAGAGGACUGUUAGGUUUCAGGAAGAGCCUCACUUCAGAGAGGAGGAAGUAGAGGAGACGGAGAGCUUGCAUGAGGUUGAAAGGGUGGUGAUAGGAAGAAAGGCGUCGAAGAAACAUAAAAGUAAGUGAGGAAGAGAGAGACGAUCCCAAAGGGAGGCUGGACUGGAGGCCAGGAAUGUGCCUGAGACCUGAAGACUAGCUGUCCUUCUGUUUUUCUCAUAUACAUAUCGUUAGCCU